AUGAUGGUGGGACAUUCGUCACUCUGCGAUGGCGACCCCCGUCAAGCCAGAGACCCCACCGAGCUCUACCGACAAGACGGAGAGUUCUGGCUCGAGGUGACGCUAAAGUUCCAAGUGCUGAAGCAGUCGCACGUGGUUAAGUACAAGAUCCCGCUGAACCCCAUCCUGUUGGAGCGCGUUGACGUGCUCGAAGCCAAGAUACUCGACCUCCGAGACGCGACCGAAGACCUCCAGUGCUAUGCCAAGGACGCCAUCGGGUUGCAGGACCUGCAGCGCCAGAUGAACAGCGCCAGCAUGCACAUCCAGUUGGUGCAGGGCAAAGCGUGCAUUCAGCAUGUCUUCUCGAACCUCGGACAGAGCUCGACCAUGGUCACGGAUACCAUCCGCGUGAACAACCAUGAGCGCGUCGCAGUCAAGUGCCCUGUCCGCCUCACGGGCACGAGCUACCUGACGCUCGUCCGUCUUGCGAAGUGA